GCGUGGCGCUCAGACCCGGCCGAGUGCGGAGUGCGCAGGGAGAGCGCGGUGCUGCCUGAGGUCUUCAAGCCGCUUGCCAUGGCUGGCCCGCAGCAGCAGCCCCCUUACCUGCACCUGGCCGAGCUGACGGCGUCCCAGUUCCUGGAGAUCUGGAAGCACUUUGACGCAGACGGAAAUGGCUAUAUUGAAGGUAAAGAACUAGAAAACUUUUUCCAAGAGCUGGAGAAGGCAAGAAAAGGCUCUGGCAUGGUGUCAAAGAGCGACAACUUUGGGGAGAAGAUGAAGGCGUUCAUGCAGAAGUAUGACAAGAACUCAGAUGGGAAAAUCGAGAUGGCAGAGCUGGCGCAGAUCCUGCCCACCGAGGAGAACUUCCUUCUGUGCUUCCGGCAGCACGUGGGCUCCAGCGCCGAGUUCAUGGAGGCCUGGCGGAAGUAUGACACAGACAGAAGUGGCUACAUUGAAGCCAACGAGCUCAAGGGGUUCCUGUCUGACCUGCUGAAGAAGGCCAACCGGCCGUAUGAUGAACCCAAGCUCCAAGAGUACACCCAAACCAUACUACGGAUGUUUGACUUGAAUGGCGAUGGCAAGCUGGGCCUCUCAGAGAUGUCCCGACUCUUGCCUGUGCAGGAAAACUUCUUACUUAAGUUUCAGGGCAUGAAGCUGACCUCAGAGGAGUUCAAUGCCAUCUUUACAUUUUAUGACAAGGAUGGAAGCGGCUACAUCGAUGAGAAUGAGCUGGAUGCCCUCCUGAAGGACCUGUUUGAGAAAAACAAGAAGGAAAUGAACAUCCAAGAGCUCACCAACUACAAAAAGAGUGUCAUGUCCUUGGCCGAGGCGGGGAAGCUCUACCGCAAGGACCUGGAGAUUGUCCUCUGCAGCGAGCCCCCCAUGUAAAGGGGGAACAGGGACUGCUUCUCCACCUCCCCCAAACCCCGCUCACGCUGCCCUGACACUUCUACCUAGACCAGGAGAUCAUGAGCGCUCCUCCCCCACCCCCCACCCCUGCAACCGGCACACACCAGCCUGCAGAGCAGGAACAGAGAUAUGGAGGAUGGGCUGCUGAUGGGCCUCCUGGGGCCCCCUCCAACCCAACCCUGACCUGACCAGCACACCACUCUGACUGCAGUGGGGCACCAGCCAACCACAUGGAAGGUGGGCGGGGCACGGGUGGAAGUUCCUUGGUUCUUUUCGCUGUGAUGCAUGAGCUCAUUCUGCUGUAUGAUUUAGGCUUCUAAGUCCGAUAGAGUGGACCCUUCCUUCCUGCUCCUCUCUGCCCCCCCACACGCCACCACCCACCCCAAACUUCCAAGUUCCAUCCGCCACCUUGCUAAUGGUAUAGCUGUCUUCUCAGAGUUCCUGUUUGUGGAGGGCACCAGCCCUUUCCUUGUCUUCUUGACUCAGCAUGCUCCUUUUCUCUUUGGGUUUCUUGUCUUCUUGUUUACCAAAGAAGAGUUUACAGACAAUAAAAUGAAAAUGUUCUGCUGUGAAAAGUCACCCCA